ACUCAAUACUCCAUGCUAGCCGAAGCCUGAAGAUCCCCCAAACACGAAGGCUCUCCAUCUCCAGUACUGAUAAAAACACGGCAGGCAAAAACAAAGACAUGUCUGCAGCAAAAGGGACGACAAGUAAAGAGCCGGUGCCGGUGCCGGGCAAGCCGCAUGCUGUCCAGCGUCAGGAGCAUACUGUGAGUGCACGGCAGGAUGACCAAAAGAAGGCUAAAGCUCCGUCGAUGAAGACCCUUACUAACGAGAGCUCGAGCACAGUGAAUCAGCAGCCGCCGCAGACUACUAGCACUGCUGGUGACAAACCUGGAGAGGCCAAGGGCAAUGGCAUGUCUACUAAGGGGGCAAAGGGUCCACGUGGCUAGGCCUUGUGUGAAAGAAGAAGCAUGUGAAUCUUAGUUCUUCCAAGUUAUAUUUCAAAUAAAAUAAGAAACUCUAUAUAUCUUUGUGGAAGGAUAAGAAGUGUUUUAUUUGUUCCUGCAUGUUGGUUUGAUCUAUAUUGUACUACCUCCGUCCUGAAAUAAUUGUCGUCUUUUUAAUACAAAAUUUAUACUAAUUUUGUAUUACAUUUCCGUCACUUAUGUUGAGACAGAGUAAGUAGUUAUGUUGGUCAAUUUAUAUAAUGGUUAUAUCAUAUAUGUAUACACUGGAGUUGUUGUUGAGUUU